AUGGCAACGAAUAAAAAGAGCUGGAAGAGGAAUGCUAACUUUAGGUUGCUUAUCCAACUUUUUCCUGCUUUUCUUUUUUGGAUUAUCCUCAGUUCUGGGAAAGCUCUAUCAUCUAUUAACGGAAACGGAAAACCUAAUGCAAAUGAAAUAGUGCAUUUCACUCAAAGAAAAUACCCCAAAAUCGAAAGAGAUUCUACAGAUAGUGCGUUUAAAACUGACCAGUCAAUUUUAGCUAAUUCCCUUACUUUUCAAGACCAUGGAACAAUUCCAGGUAUUCAGUUCAACCCCCCUACUGCAAAUGAUCAAUCAACCGAAAAUUCUUACGGUUCUUCACUUCUCCCCAAAUCUCUAGAUUCUAUGAAAGUAGUAUCUAGCUAUUAUCCAACACAAAAAAAACUAGAUCUUAGACAAUUUCAAAAAAAUAAACAUCCAGGAGGUGAUAAUCGCGAAUACAAUUCUCUAAUACUUGAUAGAUUUUUAUCUCAUGUCAAUUCAGUUCCUUUUGAUGCCCAAAGUGAAGACAAUUCCCUUUCAGUUGCGCCUUUCUCUUCUAAUUCAAACAACCCAGAUCUAUUAUUCUCUCAACUGGAUAUGGAAUAUGCGAGUAAAAAACAAGAAUUAAAAGGUCUUUCGGAUUAUAAAUCCAAUAUAGUAUCAGAAAACAUUUACCAGCCACCACAGUUACUUCAAAAUUCUCACGAUUCUGUUUCAAAACAAGCUCAAACGCCAACCCCAGGGUCUCUUUCAUCAAUUCCUCCAACACCCCUUUCACCAACAUUUUCAAUAAAUUCACAACCUGUACGAUCUCCUUCGCCACCUCCACCACCUCCACCACCUCCUCUCCCUGAACAAUUCUCAAUAGGUGCUCAAAAACAUCAAAGACUUGAUCCUUUGUUCGAACCUAUAGAUAAAAAGAAACAAGAUAGCUUCAUUAACGACCUGGUAAAAAUUAAGCUAGUCUCAGACGUCAUUCCAGCUCCAUUUAGAAAAAAUGAUCAAAAGUAUGAAUUUGAAUUUGCCCGUUCAAAGUACCAAAAUCUAAACAAUUAUAGAAUGAAGAACCUCGCAAUAACCAGGGAGAAAUUUAGAGAAAAUCAUGUAAAGCUGGACGAAAAAGCCUCUGAAGAACAAGAUCAAAAACAGAAUCAAAGCCAGAAUCAGAAUGCCUCUCUCUCUAAAAAGGCCGAAGAAGAUGAUAUUGAGAUGCAACCACUGCCUCUCGGCCCUCCUAUCCCAGGUACUGAACCCGGAAUAGAGGGUUUAUCUCACAUUAUUCCAAUGGAUAAAGUACCUUUAAGACCUCAAAAGCGUCAGGAUGAGUGGGAUUGUAUUACCUCCCAGGUUGAAAGAGACAAAACCACCUGGAAGGUUGAAAGAGGCAAAAUGAGGUUUAACUAUAUUCCAAAAUUCAGUGAGAUUAGUCCCUCUCUCUUUCCUUUGAGCGGAGAUGCGAAGAGCCUGUAUCAAAACUGUAUUUCAGCAUUGAGAACUUUGGAAAACAGGCAAAUUAUCACUUCCCCUUCAAACGAUGAAGUCGAGUCAGAGUUUCUCAGAACCACCUUUUGCAUAUCUGCUGCAGUAUACUGUUACACAGAAACCGCCUUGGGAGAUCCCGAACUUCAGUUGUACUGGAACCGUGAGGUAAGAGCAAUUACUGAUUCUUUAGUUGCAAGAGACCCAAAUGUAGAUCUCCUUCAAGUUGUAGGAGAAAGUUUGGCUUCGAACUCUGAAUCCCGUGUUGGAUCAUCUGGAAUUUCCUCCUUUGAUCGUUUGCCAAACUUCAUGCCUCAACGAAUGCCAAAUCAAAGCUUCUCUCUUGUCCCCACUAAAUUGGAAGAGUGCCCAUCCAGAAACCGCAAGGCUAACCAGGAAGAAAAUGAUUAUGAGGGUGGUCUUGCCGCUGCCUUAUCAACAAAUAUUAAUGAAGUCGUUGUUGACGAUCCUGAGAUCUGGACGAUGUGGAGAGCUAUCAUUACACAACAAGAUAGAGAUCUAAAUAUGAAUUUGAAGAGGUUUAAGAUUUUCUCAAAAGAUUUCCCCACAAAGUUUAGUUCUGACACAAAACCAAAGAAAAUGAGUGAGCUGCGUAAUUUGUGUGUGGAUCUAAUAAAGGAAGGAAUUAGAGAGAAUCCUCCAAGAUAUGAGCUUUUGCCCAUGGCGAAACCAAAUGAGGAGCAAGUUCUAAAUGAAUUCUGUAAUUAUUCCGCAGACUAUUACUUUGGGAAUAGACAGUGGAGUUACAUUUUUGAAUUUUCUUCCAACUCACCGUUUAAAAUGCCCUCAAAUACGACAAUUGUUUAUGGCUUACCAAAAUACAGACCAUAUGCCCCUUUCAGAUACUUUGCAGCUGAAACAUUCAAUGAAAUGAGGAUUAACUGUUGCUCAGUUAUUUACGACCUUUUCUUGAGCAAAGUAUUCCCUCAUAUAUCCACAAGCUAUUAUAAAGACAAGGGAACCUCUAUGGAUAAGUCUAAAUUGGAGCGUUUUUGUCAUGAGGCAGCCAGAAAGUACUUUAAUAAGGACAUCUCAGAUUUUGAUUCAAGAUUAAAGAAUGUGGGUUACUUUGACUUUACAAGCUAUAAAUCAAGAGUAACAAACUAUAAGGAAGUAAGUUACCAAUCCCUAUUAUUUGAAGGUGCACAAGACUUGGAAAGUACCCCUGGUUACUUCUCUGUAGGGAGCAUAGAUAACAAUUUGAGUUACACCCCCAGGUUUCCAAAUUUGAAGCCCACCAGAGUCUGUUUUUCGCAAUGGAAAGCAAUUCUGGAUCAAAAUAAAGAGGAUCUUAAAAAUAAUGUAGAAACCCCAACACACUUGCCUGAAGCAAUUCCUAAUGAAUGGAAUAUGCCUCAGUUCUCUCGAGCAACUUUUAGGAUAGCUUGCUUCAGAAUAAUACGUAAGCUAUAUAGAGAAGGGAGUGUUUCAGUAAGGUCCAGUGUUCUGAAGCCAAUCAGCACUGAACAAAAUAUGGAGAAAAUUCUCUCUGAAUUCUGUUUGGAAUCUUCUAAAAGAUACUUUGAUGGGCUAAACACGGAUUAUUCAAUGGAGAACCUUCUUCAGAUUCAGACAGACACAGAGUCUCAGUGGAACUCAGUGGUAGAAGCUGUAAUGAGGCUUCAGGAGAGCAAAAAGAGCACCACAAUAUAUUGGAUUUACCCAGUUCCUCCUGAAAGUUAUGUUUUAAGUUCAUUUAGAUACAAUGUGAACCCUUCUCCAGAAGAUGAGGAAGAAGAGGAGAAAAUUAAGAAAAGCUUCUGGAGAUCCAGGGAAGGAGAGGUGGGUUAUGAAACUAGGUGUAUAGAGUCAUUGAAGUUCUACAUUACAAAAAGGGAAGAGGAAUUAAUGAAGAUGGAAGUUGAUACAAAUGAUAUGGCUUUGGUUGAAUUGGCAAUAAGGAAAGUUUGUGAGGAGGCUGCAGACACGUUCUUUGGAGCAAUUGAGUGGAUUUGGAUGUAUAAACUUUCAAAUGUGGACAAUAUUAACAAGUAUGCAACCUGGAUUCCAGCAGUGACAGGCUUGCCUAGGCGAAGACCAAUCAGCUCCUUAUUAAAUUAUAAAGGGACAGGAAACAUUGUACAAUUUAGAGACUACUGCUUUGCAUUCAUCUGGACUCUAUGGAAAUCAGGAAAUGAGCCGGAUCUAAGAAUUUCUGGAAAGUUAUAUUCUUCAGGAGAGGGAAACUUGGUGGAGCAAAAGGUUCAGCUUGAAAGGUGGUGUACUCAUGUCGCAAACGAAGCCUAUAACUCUGGAUAUAAGCUUUCUAAAGAGCAGAAGAAGAAAGAAGGUAUCGUAGACCUUGGGCCUAGAAUGGACCCUCAAACUUCUCUCUCUGCGGUAGAGCAUAAUAACAAGACGGAACAGGAAAAUAGCCAAGUGAAAGAAGGAGAAACCGUUGUUUUCUCACUCGGAGAUGCAUCCUCACAGUGGAAAAUGAUCCUUUCACAAGUCGAAGUGGAUAGAAGACGUAACAUCAGAAGAGUUAUCUGGCUUCCAGAAUAUGCUGAAAUUAAGGAAUAUUUUCCUGGGUCAGUGGAAAGGCGACAUUUUGUACCUGCAUGCAUACAGAUAUUGCAUGGAUUGAGUGAAAAAGGACUUUUGGAGUGGGGAACAGUCUCUCCAGAGUACCAAGGAGUAAUAGCAAGAGAAUUUUGUUCAGAUGCUUUCAUGAAUGGGUAUGAACAAAAGGAUGACAGUUCGAAUCCUAUUUCUGCACUUUAUGGAGAAAGACAAGAAAAUAGAGAAUUACUGAUUGAAUUCUUAAAAUUUAUGCACAAAAACAAGAUGAACAUAAGAAAGUGGAUUCUUUUUUACUUGAAUGAAAACUUGAAUCUUGAAUACGCUAUAACCUGGGCCUUAAACGAGGAUAACUGGGGUUAUUUGAGUGACUACUUUCAGCAGGCACAAAUUCACGAGCCUGAUAACUUUAAUCAGCUUUUCGAAGAAGUUAGAGAGAGAGUGAGACAGAUGGGAGGCUUUUUAGAUGCUGGGGAAGAUGAAUAUUUCUCUAAUAAUAUAAAUUCUAGAGAAAAUUUGUGGAAGGCAAUAUACAAUCAGAUGCAUAUAGAUUUAUUGCUGGGAAGGCAACAGAGAAUUUCAAAUCUUCCGUUGAGUCCUCCAGACAUUUGGCUGGGCUCAAGAAGCCCAGAAGAGUUUGUGCCGGAUUGUAAAAGAGUGAUAACAAUGUUGCAAGGGCAAACGAACCCCGAAUUACCUUCAAGCAAAGAACUAACAUUAAAGGAAAUUCUUACUGCAGUUAGAGUUUUUGGAAGUGGUGACAAAGACGAAUCUGAGAUACUUGAUUCAUAUUGUAAGGAUGUAUUUCUACAUAUUUCUGACAAAAAGGGGCUUUCCAUUUUUAAAGGUAGUGGAUUUAGUUAUCCUGGAGCAAUUCUAGAAUUCGAGAGAAAUAGGCAAUGGGGAGUUAUCGCAAAUUUGGCAACCAAGUAUUCCAAACUUCAGCAAAGAGAUAUUGAAGGUAAAAUCGGUCCUGUUUCCAGGAUUGAUAAAAUACCAGGGUUUGUACGCCACACUAUAUUCCAGGGAAGUUAUGAUAUGGAGGAAUUCCUGUCUCAGUGUGAGAUUGCUCUUCAAACUUUGGCAACAGACAUUAACAUUCCAUCGAAUCAAAAAGUUGUCUUUCCUGAUCUACAAAAGAAUGAAAAUGUUGAAGAUAUUAUAAAGGAGUAUUGUAGAACUGCGUCUGAAUACGUUUUCCAAGAAAAGAUGGACCACGCUUUGAACGAAGAUGCAAUCGACGAAGUUGCUGUUUUAAAUGAUCUGGACAAUGUUAGCAGAAGAUUCAGGUUAAGAAAUCCACUUGGUCUAGACUACAAAAAGCGUUGGAAUAGUAUCAUAGAUCUUGCUAAAAAGAGAAUUGAUGAAGAAAAAUACCUAAGGAUGAAUAGAGUGCUUGGAAUAGAUUCAGCAUGGCUUAAAAACGUCUAUCCCGAGAUUGCAGGACAAGAUCUAAAGAAUGCCUUUGAUUCGAAGGAUAAUAAUCAUCUUGCAAGCUUUAUUUUAGUUUCUUAUGAACUAUUUUCUGCGAUAAUGCUUGGAAAGGAAGGAAAUGAAAAAUCUAACAAAGACAAAUUUCAGUUCAUUUCUAGAAAAACUCUACUUCAGUUUUGUAGAGAUGUCUGUUACAAGUAUUUUACCGACGAGGCAAGAGGUGACGUAAACUACUCUAAUCAAGAUAAAUCAGCCACAGAAUAUGCACUGAUUCUUGACAUGAUUGCAACAAGACCUAGGAUUGGACCUGAUCCAAGAGACCCAUUAUACGAGCUUUACCCUGAGCAGGGCGAAGAGGUCCCUGAACUAAACAGUUUUAAUAUGGACCAGUACAUCACUUCUAGAUGGGAAAUAUAUAAAAAAGACUUUGAAGACGAUAAUUUCAGGAAUAGUAUGCGCAAAAAUAUCAUGGAUAGUCUCAACUCCGCUGAAAUCAAUCUUCUUAAUCCUAAAAGCGGAAAACCUGGCUCUAUUAAAAAUAAUGUUGUUUGGGCGCCAACCGCUCCAUACCCUUGGAAACACCACAUUGCAAAUAAAAAUAUACCGUCAGAAAAUAUGCAUGACUCAUACAGUGGCACUAUUUUGGCGGGUAAAACUUUGGAGCAUAUGAAGUCUAUUUUUGGAGGAAAUAUUGCAGACGUUGCCAAAACUACAAUUAUUCCGAAGAUUCCAAACCUAAAUUCUGAAAGUCAAAAUAGCAAACCUGUCAACCAGAACGGUGGCGAUUCUACUAAGAAUAUUGGUGGAAGUGGACGAAUUCUACCUUUAGGAGAUUAUGGGGAGACCGCCAAGGUCAAAAGGAUCAAGGUUGGAACCAGAGGUGGGAAAGUAGUUAAUAGCAAAAAAGUGGAUCACACAGAAGAUAAAUUUGAUCAGAUAGAGAGAGAAUAUAAAGAAUUGGUUUCUAAUAAUUUAAUUUCUCAAGGCACUGGAGGAACUGAAGGUGAAAAUGAAGAGGAAAACAUUAUAAAGGGCAUAAAACCUAGAAACAGAAGCAAUCCUGACAGAAUUCCACAACAGUCAAAAAGAAAGACAAGGCCUAGCAGAGAAAAAAGCGGUCCUUCUUCAGAUGCUUCAAUUUCAGAAGGUACUCCUGAAAAAAGCUCAAAAAAAAAUGCUAUAACUAAAGAGGAGUUGGCAAGUUCUAGACUGGCCGAUAGGGAAUGGACAGUAAUUUCUCAAUUAGGAAAGCUUUUGCCCGCAAGUGAGGGGUCAAAUUUGGUAGCAGGGAUUCCAAUAGAAAGACCGAAGGAUUUAUAUCCAAAAUCUAUGGGAAAUGUAAGAGCAAUGACAGAAGCUUGUUUCUCUGUUAUUUCUAAUGCAAAAUUCAGAGCAAUUUCAGGUACCCGAAUCUCUGGGAAAACAAAAGAGGAGCGAAAACACAAUGCUAACUUCUAUUGUAGGAAAGCAGCCGAAGCCUAUUACGAAUCUAUAGAUGGAGAUUUUAUCCCGCCGGAAAGCCUUAAAACCCUACCAGGAUUCCAAGGAUUAUAUAGUCCAAUUGGGAAGUCUAAGGCCACUAGAGGAAGAGGUAGCCGUGUCUUCUUGGGAGAGAGCUCCAAGAACCCAAUGGGUAAGGAGGUAGGUCUGAAACCUUUACAUAAGGAAUCUGCCAGAAUUAGAAAAUCUUUUGGGCCAGUUGUUGGUUCUUAUGGACUAAACACUCAUAUGCACAAUCAAUCUAACUCUUUACAAAAUACUUAUAAAAAAAUGACAGGAGAUGAAUCCAUAGUUAUGGGUGGAUUUGCUUUAAAUGCUAAGAUCUCCGGAGUAAAAAGGAACAUUAUCGCAGAUUCUGGGAAUCAUAUCAGGGAGAAACUUGUUUUGAGCCCUGGAGACGACUUGCUAACAGAUCCCGACUAUUACAAUGAUAUGAAAGUUACAAAUAGUCAAGAUAGUUAUGUAGAAAUGAGGCCAUCAAAGGGACUUGGAUCAGGGAUUCCAAAACCUGGAAAACUACACAAAAAGAGUAAAGAUGGAAAUCCAAAGGUUUACCAUAUUCAGCCAAGGGCAGAUCCAAAGGAAGAGAGAAAGAUAAAAGCUCAACUAGUUAAUCAGCUCAAUCAAUUCUCAAAAGUCGCCCAACCAGUGAAUAGAAAUCACUUUAGAAAUAAAUAA